AUGGACGACCACCGUGACCAGCCUUUGUGGCCAAUGAUUCAAGGCGCCGCGAACUACGCCUGGAAUCUGAUUGAAGAAGCUUUGGCGAUGAUUUGGAAGCCAGCCGUCAUCCCUCAAGCGCAGGCAAUGGGCGCAAGAACUGAGCGCAAGCACCAAAGCGACGUGACUUCCCUACAACAGAUAGCGUAA